AUGAGCGGAGCCGCGGCGCUGGGGCUGCGCAACGGGAGCAGCGGCUCCCUGGCCCUGGCCGCGGCCGCCGGCGGGAGGAAGGCGGGGCCCGCCAGGGGGUGGGGGUGGCGCGGCGGCGCCGGGGAGAAGGAGCGCCUGCAGCUGCUCCACCGCGCGCUGCGCCUCGUCGGCCGGCGCGGGGCGGGCCUGCUCCUGCUGCUCGCCGUCGCCUCCGCCGCGCUCCUAUGCUCCCUCUUCGCCGUCGUCAAAGAUGACACCACUUCUUCAAUCAUCAUUGCUAGCAACUACGAGGUCACGAAAGCUAUCGAGAACUCUGUCUACCCCAGCACAGCAAGGCCUGUGGUGAUGUCCAAGGACCAGUACUCUGCUAGUGAUGUCAACACUAAUCAGCUUCAUCUUUCGUUUGAAAACUUGACAAAUCAUCCCUGUGAUGGUUUCGCGGUUCCUCCUACCCUGUUUGAUAAGAAACGCACCGGACCUCGACCAUGCCCUGUUUGCUAUGUCUCGGUAGAUGAGGCAUUUGCUCUGAUGCCUCCACAGGCUUCGCCAUCUCCUGUUCUUCAAAACUUAGAUUACGUCUCAGAAGACAGCGGCACUGCAAAUUUCUCGAAUCAGGGAUCUGUCUUUGGAGGGCAUGUAUCUCUGGAUCAGAGAAAUAAAUCUUUUGACAUUACCAGUUCGAUGACUGUCAACUGUGGAUUUGUCAGAGGAAAGAAACCUGGCCAAGGUACCGGAUUCGACAUCAACGAUGACGAUCUCCUAGAAAUGGAGAAAUGUCGUGGGCUCGUCGUAGCUUCCGCCAUCUUUGGGAAUUAUGAUAUGAUUCAACAUCCAAGGAAUGUCAGUGAAUUGUCAAAGGCAAAUGCAUGCUUUUAUAUGUUUGUAGACGAAGAAACAAUGGCCUAUGUCAAGAAUUCUAGUUCACUGUACAAAGAUAAUGAAGUUGGCCUCUGGAGGCUAGUGGUUGUCCGAAACCUCCCUUAUGAAGAUCCCAGGCGUACGGGAAAGAUUCCUAAGCUUCUGCUCCAUAGGCUAUUUCCAAAUGUGAGGUUUUCAGUUUGGAUAGACGCAAAACUUCAGCUUGUUGUGGAUCCUUAUUUACUGCUUGAGAGGUUUCUGUGGAGAAAGAAUGCUUCUUUUGCGAUAUCUCGGCACUACAGUCGUUUUGAUGUGUUUGAAGAAGCAGAGGCUAAUAAAGCCGCUGGAAAGUAUGACAAUGCGUCAAUUGAUGAACAAAUAGAUUUUUACAGAAAUGAGGGCCUAACACAUUAUUCAACAGCCAAGCUUCCUAUCACUAGUGAUGUCCCUGAAGGCUGUGUGAUCAUCAGAGAACAUGUCCCCAUCUCGAAUCUCUUCACAUGUCUUUGGUUCAAUGAAGUUGACCGUUUCACUGCCAGGGAUCAAAUUAGUUUCAGCACCGUCCGAGACAAAAUAAGGGCUAAAGUUGGCUGGAUGCCUCAGAUGUUCCUGGACUGUGAAAGACGCAACUUUGUUGUGCAGGCAUACCACAGGGAGCUACUAGAGCAAAUGAUUGCGUCCCGCAGGAACGCUCCUCCUGUUGAACCAUCGCGGAGACUUAAGCCAGGCAGCAGAAAAGCUCCCCCGUCGAAGAAGCCUCUUGUGAAGCGGAAAAAGGAGAAGAAAUCUGGGCGAAGACGGGUGCCGAAGCCCGUGACCUGGGCGAUGGAUGCUGUGUGAUGGAGGCCCAUCAGGGCUCCCGGCACAGGACUACGGCAGCUGAUGAUGCCAAUAUGGUGGAGAGGCUUGUAAUUCUUUUUGCGCCCACGGAAUUUGUUCAUAGUUAAUUCUUCAUUGUUAUUGUAAAUAACAGCGGUAAAGCAGUAUCAUUCAAAUGAGUUGGGAAAAUGUGCUGGCCUUCUUUUUCUGCUGAUGACAAACCAUUACAAAA